AUGUCGAGUAAUAAUAGUGACCCACUAUAUAGGUUUCAUCAACAGUUUAAACAGUUUGUUCAGAAUAACCCAAAUGUUAUCUCAGCAGCUAGGGCUGCUGCUACCAUCCCUGAAAGCGCUAAAGCUGUCGUCGUGCUUUCCCCAUUAUCAUUGCAUCACACUUUCCAAAGAGACUGGGUGACUAAGUCGUAUAAGAAGACUAUUGUGGAAAGACCAGAGAGAUUAUUAGCUUCUUCCAUGGGUAUUGCCGCUGCUAUUACUAUGUAUCCUGCGUUAUUCACUUUAAAGACUUCGCAUAAUAAGAGAGGAUCAAUAUUCAGCUCAUAUGUUAGACGGAUCCAUGGUGACAGAUGGCCAAACGACUUGAUUAAGUACUGUCAAGAAGCUGAUAAGAAGUUGCAGAACGGUGAGAUUGAAGUUCCUGAUUCAUGGAAUUCCGGCGAUAUAUAUCUGAGUUCGGAAACAAUUAAAGCUAUUGAAGGAUCCAUUGGCGCUCUAGAGUUAGGUUUGGAUUCUAUAUUCCACGGCCCAUCUGCGGAACAUAUCAGCAACAGAGCCUUUGUAGCUAUACGACCACCUGGUCAUCAUUGUCAUGUUUCUACUCCGUCGGGGUUUUGUUUGUUAAAUAAUGCACAGAUAGCAAUUGAAUACGCCUAUGAAAAAUAUGGUGUAUCACAUGCAGUCAUCUUAGAUUUUGAUUUACAUCACGGUGAUGGCACUCAAGAUAUAUGUUGGAAAAGAGCUGGAUUCAAGCCAGAUGAUGGUAAUGUUCAAGAUGAUGAAGAUAAAAAUGAAUAUGAUGACUUUGGUAAGAAAAUGGCCGACUUUCCAAAAGUUGGCUACUUCUCAAUGCAUGACAUAAAUUCAUUCCCAACCGAAAGUGGAUACGCUACCAAAGAUAACAUCAAAAAUGCUUCCACUUGUGUAAUGGAUGCACACGAUCUCAAUAUUUGGAAUGUUCAUUUACAAACGUGGGCUACAGAGGAAGAUUUUAAUAAAUUAUACCAAACUAAAUAUAGAACUCUUUUCGCAAAAGCUGAUGAAUUUUUUAAGAAUGCAAAAAACCAAAUGCAAGAAAUGAACAAACCAUUUAAAGGUUUGGUGGUAAUUAGUGCAGGUUUCGAUGCUUCAGAAUUUGAACAAACUUCGAUGCAAAGACACUCAGUUAAUGUUCCAACUAGUUUUUACACUACAUUCACAAAGGAUGCAUUGAAAUUGGCCCAACUACAUUGUAAUGGUAAGGUAUUGUCUGUUUUAGAGGGUGGUUAUUCCGACAAAGCCAUUGCAUCUGGUGUCUUCUCUCAUUUGAUUGGUUUGCAAAACCAGAACUGGAUUAAGGAAUGGGGUUCAGAACAAGUUAUCAAGGAAAUUGUCAGAGGUUGCAAACCUUCAUGGACUCCAUACAAGACUAAAAAAUCCCGUGAUGUCAUUAGAAUAUGGGCCGAAGAAGUUAUUGGUCUAGGUAGAUCGAUGAUUAAUGAAUUUGAGGAUGUUUUACUUGAAGGCAAACAAGCUUCACCAAAUGAAUUAUUUGGCACUGGAGAUACUCAUGCCCAAAGACUCACAAGAUCACAAGCUAACGAAAUUAAUAAUGUAAUAAAGAAAGUUCCGUCAGAAAAACAAUCUUACCAACGCAGCGGGUAUGCUGGUCACACUGAGAAAUCCAGAAUUGCAUCUGCAAAAGCUUCAUCGCAUAGUGGCAGAACUUUGAACUUAAAGAAAGAAGUUCCUUUUGUUGAUCAAGAAAUCCCAAGCGAUGACGAUGAUGAAGAUUAUCAAUACGAUGAAGAAUUAAACAAAACCUUUAAUCGUACCGUCGAAGAUAUCACCAUUGAUGAUAUCUCAAGACAUCUUGAAACAUUAGAAAUAAUACAGUCUGACGACGAUAAUGAAACUGAUGAACGUGGUUCUAAUAAAAAUAGCUCAAAAAGUGGUAAAUAUAAAACUCCAAUGAACACCACAUCAAGAAACAUGAAAACGAAUAGAAAUUCAAAUAUAUUAAAUUUCGACGAUAGUGAUAUCUCCAUGAUAUCUCACAUAGGUAGUACAACUCGUUCCAGAAAUUCUCAUACUACUAGAAGUGGAGGAAAUUGGUAG